AUGGAAGUUGCUCGUAGUUCCAAAAGAAUUGCUUUGUAUCAACGUAAGUACAUUCUUGAUUUGUUUGAGGAAUAUGGUAUGUUGGAAGCUAAACCUGCUUCAGUUUCUAUGCUGUAUAAUAAAAAACUUUUUAUGGAGAGUGGCACAAGAUUACUAGAUCCAUUACAAUAUAGAAGACUGCUCGGACGACUCCUAUAUCUCAUCAAUACUCAUCCGGACAUUGCUUUUGCAGUUGGGAAGCUCAGCCAAUUUUUAGAUUGUGCAACUGAUGACCAUUACAAGGCAGCACUACAUGUUCUUCGAUACAUCAAGAAAUCUCCUUCUAAGGGUCUUUUCUUCUCUUCAAAUAAUGAUCUCAAAUUGACUGGUUAUGUUGAUUCGAAUUGGAUAACUUGUUCCGAUAUUCGUCGAUCAAUAACUGGGUAUUAUUUUUUCCUAGGUUCUUCAUUAGUGUCUUGGAAGAGUAAGAAGCAAACAAAUGUAGCAUAUUCUUCCUCAAAAGCUGAAUAUCGUGCCAUUGCACAAGCAACUCGGAAAGCUAAUCCGGUCUUUUAUGAAAGAACCAAUCACAUUGAAGUAGAUUGUCACAUUGUUCGUGAAAAGUCUCAAAUAGGGGUGCUGAAAUUGCUACCUAUUAAAUCAGCUCAUUAA